GGAUGGGGAAGAACCCUGAGCCCAAUCCCGGGGCCCCCACCUCACUCCCUGAUACAUGAGGAAAUGGAUGAACAGAAGAUCCGAGAACUCAUCAACAAGAUGAUGGAGCUGCUGACUGGAGAGGUUCCUAUAAGGUGUCAGGACGUGGCGGUCUAUUUCUCCAUGGAGGAGUGGGAGUAUGUAGAAGGACACAAGGAUCAGUACAAGGAUCAGGUCAUGAUGGAGGAUCAGCAGCCCCUCACAUCACCAGUCAGAUCCAGUAAGAGAACAGCACCAGAGAGGUGUCCCCGUCCUCUUCUUCCACAGGAUGAUCAGGGUGAAGAUCCGAACAAUAUUAAUGCUCCAGACACAGAUGUGAGCGGUGAUGAACAGUAUAAGGAGGACAUUCCUACAGGGAAAGAUCUGAACAAUAUUAAUGCUACAGAGAUGAAGGAAGAAGAAGAGACAGAUGUGAGCAGUGAUGAGCAGUAUAAGGAGGACAAUCCUACAGAGAAAGAUCUUAUCUAUAUUAAUGCUACAGACAUAAAGGAAGAAGAAGAGACAGAUGUGAGCAGUGAUGAGCAGUAUAAGGAGGACAUUCCAACAGGAAAAGAUUUGAGCAAUAUUAAUGCUACAGAUAUGAAGGAAGAAGAGACAGAUGUGAGCAGUGAUGAGCAGUAUAAGGAGGACAUUCCAACAGGAAAAGAUCUGAACAAUAUUAAUGCUAGAGAUAUGAAGGAAGAAGAAGAGACAGAUGUAAGCGGUGAUGAGCAUUAUAAUGAGGACAUUCCUACAGGGAAAGAUCUGAACAAUGUUAAUGCUACAGACAUAAAGGAAGAAGAAGAGACAGAUGUGAGCGGUGAUGAGCAGUAUAAGGAGGACAUUCCUACAGAGAAAGAUUUGAUCCAUAUUAAUGCUACAGACAUAAAGGAAGAAGAAGAGACAGAUGUGAGCGGUGAUGAGCAGUAUAAGGAGGACAUUCCUACAGAGAAAGAUUUGAUCCAUAUUAAUGCUACAGACAUAAAGGAAGAAGAAGAGACAGAUGUGAGCAGUGAUGAGCAGUAUAAGGAGGACAUUCCUACAGGUAACCGCCCAGAUUCUUGUAGCAGGAGAUCAGAGGAGAAUCUUAUAUCUUCAGAUUAUAAAGCAGAUGAUGAUAUCACACAAGAUACAUAUGAAGAACAUUCCAUUAUCCCAGAUACACCCUCAGCCCUUCACAGCCAAGAUCUGUCAUCUCAUCCUUAUAUACAGGUCCUGUAUUCUCAGUCAUCACAGGAUGUUCAGCAAAAUAAAGGUCACAGAAGAGGUGUUAAAGAUAAAAGAGCUCAAAGAGGAAAGAAGCCAUUUUCAUGUUCAGAAUGUGAAAAAUCUUUUACUUCUAAAUCACAUCUUGUUCAACAUAAAAGAACUCACACAGAGGAGAAGCCAUUUUCAUGUUCAGAAUGUGAGAAAUGUUUUAAUACGAAAUCAAAUCUUAUUCAACAUCAAAUAGCUCACACAGGAGAGAAGCCAUUUUCAUGUUCAGAAUGUGGGAAAUGUUUUGCUCUGAAAUCAAUUAUUGUUCAACAUCAAAGAACUCACACAGGAGAGAAGCCAUUUUCAUGUUCAGAAUGUGGUAAAUGUUUUACUCAGCAAUCAAAUCUUGUUAAACAUCAAAGAAUUCACACAGGAGAGAAGCCAUUUUCAUGUUCAGAAUGUGGGAAAUGUUUUACUCAGCAAGCAAAUCUUGUUAAACAUCAAAUAAUUCACACAGAAGAGAAGCCAUUUUCAUGUUUACAAUGUGGGAAAUGUUUUACUCGGAAAUUAAGUCUUAUCGGACAUCAAAGAACUCACACAGGGGAGAAGCCAUUUUCAUGCUCAGAAUGUGGGAAAUGUUUUAUCCUGAAAUCAAUUCUUGCUGUACAUCAAAGAACUCACACAGGGGAGAAGCCAUUUUCAUGUUCCGAAUGUGGGAAAUGUUAUACUGGGAAAUCAAAUCUUGUUCAACAUCAAAGAACUCACACAGGGGAGAAGCCAUUUUAAUGUGCAGAAUGUGGUAAAUGUUCUACUGGGAAAUCAAAUCUUGUUAAACAUCAAAGAACUCCCACAGGGAAGAAGCCAUUUUCAUGUUCUAAGUGUGGGAAAUGUUUUACUCAGCAAUCACAUCUUAUUAAACAUAAUAUGGAGGACAUUACUACAGGGAAAGAUCUGAUCCAUAUUAAUGCUACAGACAUAAAGGAAGAAGAAGAGACUGAUGUGAGCGGUAAUGAGCAGUAUAAGGAGGACAUUCCUGCAGGGAAAAAUCUGAUCAAUAUUAAUGCUACAGACAUAAAGGAAGAGGAAAAGACAGAUGUGAGCAGUGAAGAGCAGUAUAAGGACAACAUUCCUACAGGGAAAGAGCUAAACAAUAUUAAUGCUACAGACAUAAAGGAAGAAGAAGAGACAGAUGUGAGUGAUGAUGAGCAGUAUAAGGAGGACAUUCUGACAGGAAAAGAUCUGGAUAAUAUUAAUGCUACUGAUAUGAAGGAAGAAGAGACAGAUGUGAGCGGUGAUGAGCAGUAUAAGGAGGACAUUCCUACAAGUAACCACCCAUAUUCUUGUAGCAGGAGAUCAGAGGAGAAUCUUAUAUCUUCAGAUUAUAAAGCAGAUGAUGAUAUCACACAAGAUACAUAUGAAGAACAUUCCAUUAUCCCAGAUACACCCUCAGCCCUUCACAGCCAAGAUCUGUCAUCUCAUCCUUAUAUACAGGUCCUGUCUUCUCAGUCAUCACAGGAUGUUCAGCAAAAUAAAGGUCACAGAAGGGGUGUUGGACAUCAACGAGCUCAUACAGAAAAGAAACCAUAUUCAUGCUCAGAAUGUGGGAAAUGUUUUCCUUUUAAAUCACGUCUUGUUGUACAUCAAAGAAAUCACACAGGAGAGAAGCCAUUUUCAUGCUCAGAAUGUGGGAAAUGUUUUCAUUUUAAAUCCGGUCUUGUUGUACAUCAAAGAACUCACACAGGGGAGAAGCCAUUUUCAUGCUCAGAAUGUGGAAAAUGUUUUACUCGGAAAUCACAUCUUAUUCAACAUCAAAGAACUCACACAGGAGAGAAGCCAUUUUCAUGUUCAGAAUGUGGGAAAUGUUUUACUUUAAAAUCAAAUCUUGUUCAACAUCAAAGCGCUCACACAGGAGACAAGCCAUUUUCAUGUUCAGAAUGUGGGAAAUGUUUUACUCUGAAACCAAAUUUUAUUAAACAUCAAAGAACUCACAGAGAAGAGAAGCCGUUUUCAUGCUCAGAAUGUGGGAAAUGUUUUACUGUAAAAUCAAGUCUUGUUAUACAUCAAAGAACUCACACAGGAGAGAAGCCAUUUUCAUGUUCAGAAUGUGGGAAAUGUUUUACUGUAAAAUCAAGUCUUGUUCAACAUCAAAGAGCUCACACAGGAGACAAGCCAUUUUCAUGUUCAGAAUAUGGGAAAUGUUUUACUGUAAAAUCAAGUUUGGUUCAACAUCAAAGAACUCACACAGGAGAUAAGCCAUAUUCAUGUUCAAAAUGUGGGAAAUGUUUUACUUUUAAAUCCAGUCUUGUUGUACAUCAAAAAACUCACACAGGAGACAAGCCAUUUUCAUGUUCAGAAUGUGGGAAAUGUUUUACUCUGAAACCAAAUCUUAUUCAACAUCAAAAAACUCACACAGAAGAGAAGCAAUUUUCAUGCUUAGAAUGUGGGAAAUGUUUUACUCAGCAAUCGCAUCUUAUUCGACAUCAAAGAACUCACACAGGAGAGAAGCCAAUUCAGAGCAGUAAAUGAUGCAGAUAACACAUCUAUAUAUUAUCCAUGUACAUAGG